AUGGCCGUUCUGGAUAGUACACGAUUCUUUCGAUUGUCUUAUACAUUUUGGACACUACUUGGCAUAAAUAAUAAUCAAACUGGAUGGAAGAAACUGUAUUGGAUUUAUGGCAUAUUAAUUAAUUUAUUUUUUCCUAUCAGUUUUUGCUGCAGUCUAUUCGUUGGACUUCUACAACCCCAGACGUUUCAAGAAAAAUUGGAAUCUGUUGUCGUUUUCAUCUCAGCAUUAUCCUGUUGUGCGCAAUUCCUAAUUUAUGCAUUGAAAAUUAAGGACAUAAAGGAAGUUGAUCAUAUAUUAAGAAAACUGGAUGAAAGAAUUUUGUGCAAUGAAGAAAUAAAUAUAUUUGAAGAAAUGAGUAGUGACAUACAAAAUAUGACUCAAUUCUUUGGGUGGAGCUAUUUGGCGGUUGGUGUUAUGGCGAUACUAUCCGGCAUUUCUAAUAUGUUUCAGUCACAACAUAGAUUGCUGUAUUCUGCUUGGCUUCCAUUUGAUUGGCACAAUUCGGCAUUGGCAUUUUGCAUUGCAGGCUCUUUUCAAUUACUGGCACUGUUUUUUUGUAUAGCUCAAAAUUUUGCAGAUGAUUCAUUCCCUCCGAUAUCUUUGAGAUUAUUGACAGGACAUUUAAGUUGCUUGGAAUUCCGUAUAUCAACCAUAGGUCAUCGAAGUUUUGAUCACCCUUACAGAAUAGUGACGCUGCAACUUUCUAUACAAGAUCAACUGGCCUUAUAUGAGUAA